AUGUUGAGGAAUUCGCUUUGUAGAGCUAGCUCGCAGCUCCUUCGCGGUGCUCGAUGCUCUGCUGCCUCUUCUACCGCCUCCAUCUCGACCCUCUCGGCCCGCACCUCAUCAUGGAAGCUCGCUGCCUCCCGUCGUCCUCUGGCUGUCGGUGCUCGUCGCACCUAUGCGACCAGCGCGACCUCGUCACCCCCCGACCCCAACGAUAACUUCCUUUCCGGAAGCACCGCCAGCUACAUCGAUGAGAUGUACAUGCAGUGGAGACAAGAUCCCGAGAGCGUCCACGUCUCUUGGCAGGUCUACUUCAAGAACAUGGAGGGCGGCGAGAUGCCCAUCUCUCAGGCUUUCCAGCCUCCUCCUAACCUGGUUCCUGGCAUGACUGGCGGCGUCCCUCGUCUUUCUGGCAACUUGGCCAUGGAGGACGGUUCCGAUGUCACCAACCAUCUCAAGGUCCAGCUUCUCGUCCGCGCUUACCAGUCUCGCGGCCACCACACCGCCAAGAUUGACCCUCUCGGUAUCCGAGGCACCAAUGACGCCAAGGGUUUCGCCAACAUCAAGCCUAAGGAAUUGACUCUCGAGCACUACGGAUUCACUGAGAAGGAUAUGGACACCGAGUACACUCUCGGCCCCGGUAUCUUGCCUCGCUUCAAGCGUGAUGGCCGUGAGAAGAUGACUCUCCGCGAGAUCGUUGACGCUUGCGAGAGAAUCUACUGCGGUUCUUUCGGUGUUGAGUUCAUUCACAUUCCUGACCGUGACAAGUGCGACUGGCUCCGUGAGCGUCUCGAGGUCCCCAACCCUUUCAAGUACUCUGUUGAUGAGAAGCGCCGUGUCCUCGACCGUCUUAUCUGGAGUUCCAGCUUUGAGUCUUUCCUAGCCACCAAGUACCCCAACGAUAAGCGAUUCGGUCUCGAGGGUUGCGAAACCCUUGUUCCUGGUAUGAAGGCUCUUAUUGACCGCAGUGUUGACUACGGUGUCAAGGAUAUCGUUAUCGGUAUGCCCCAUCGUGGUCGUCUCAACGUCCUCUCCAACGUCGUCCGAAAGCCCAACGAGUCAAUCUUCAGCGAGUUUGCUGGUACAUCUGGUGGUGAGGAUGAGGGCUCUGGUGACGUCAAGUACCAUCUUGGUAUGAACUUUGAGCGCCCCACGCCUUCUGGCAAGCGCGUGCAGCUUUCUCUGGUCGCCAACCCUUCGCAUCUCGAGGCCGAGGACCCCGUCGUCCUGGGCAAGACCCGUGCUAUCCAGCACUACAACAACGAUGAGAAGACCCACCGUACUGCCAUGAGUGUUCUCCUCCACGGUGAUGCUGCCUUUGCUGCUCAGGGUAUCGUCUACGAGUGUCUCGGCUUCCACUCUCUCCCUGCCUUCUCCACUGGAGGCACCAUCCACCUGGUUGUCAACAACCAGAUUGGUUUCACAACCGACCCCCGUUUCGCCCGAUCCACCGCCUACUGUACCGAUAUUGCCAAGGCUAUCGACGCCCCCGUCUUCCACGUUAACGCCGACGAUGUCGAGGCCGUCAACUUUGUCUGCCAGCUCGCUGCCGAUUGGCGCGCCGAGUUCCAGCACGAUGUUGUCAUCGAUCUCAACUGUUACCGAAAGUACGGUCACAACGAGACGGAUCAGCCUUCUUUCACACAGCCUCUCAUGUACAAGCGCAUCAACGCCAAGGAGCCUCAAAUUGACAUCUACGUCAACAAGCUUAUCGAGGAGGGUUCUUUCUCCAAGGCCGAUGUCGAGGAGCACAAGCAGUGGGUCUGGGGUAUGCUCGAGGAGAGCUUCACCAAGUCCAAGGAUUACACACCUACCUCCAAGGAGUGGACCACCUCCGCCUGGAACGGCUUCAAGUCCCCUAAGGAGCUGGCUACUGAGGUUCUUGCCACCAACGAGACCAACGUCAAGAGCACUACCCUCGAGCACAUUGGUAACGCCAUUGGGAGCGUUCCCGAGGGCUUCCAAGUUCACCGCAACCUGAAGCGUAUCCUAAGCAACAGAACCAAGUCUGUUGUUGAGGGUAAGAACAUCGACUUCCCUACCGCUGAGGCCCUGGCUUUCGGUACUCUCGUAACUGAGGGUUACCACGUCCGUGUCUCCGGUCAGGAUGUUGAGCGUGGUACUUUCUCUCAGCGUCACGCUGUCUUCCACGACCAGGAGACUGAGGAUACCCACACUCCCCUCCAGAACCUGAGCCAGGACCAGGGCAAGUUUGUCAUCUCCAACUCUUCUCUGAGUGAGUUCGGUGCCCUUGGUUUCGAGUACGGUUACUCUCUGUCAUCUCCUCAUGCUCUUGUCAUGUGGGAGGCUCAAUUCGGUGACUUUGCCAACAACGCUCAAUGUAUCAUCGACCAGUUCAUCGCCUCUGGUGAAGUUAAGUGGAUGCAGCGAACAGGUCUUGUCAUGUCUCUGCCCCACGGUUACGAUGGUCAGGGCCCUGAGCACUCCUCUGGACGUCUCGAGCGAUACCUCCAGCUCAGCAACGAGGACCCUCGAGAGUUCCCCACUGGCGAGAAGCUCGUCCGUCAACACCAGGACUGCAACAUGCAGAUCGCCUACUUCACCUCUCCCGCCAACCUGUUCCACGCUCUCCGCCGACAGAUGCACCGCCAGUACCGCAAGCCCCUUAUCAUCUUCUUCUCCAAGUCUCUCCUCCGUCACCCUCUUGCUCGCAGCGACAUUGAGGCUUUCACUGGCGAGAACGCCGGAUUCCAGUGGAUCAUCCCUGACCCUGAGCAUGAGACUGGUGCUAUCAAGUCUCCUGACCAGAUUGAGCGUGUUGUUCUGUGCACCGGUCAAGUUUGGGCUGCCCUCCACAAGUACCGAGCUGACAACAACAUCGACAACGUCGCUUUCACUCGCAUUGAGCAGCUGAACCCCUUCCCUUGGCAACAACUCAAGGAGAACCUCGACCAGUACCCCAACGCCAAGACCAUCGUCUGGUGCCAGGAGGAGCCUCUCAACGCCGGUGCCUGGAGCUUCACUCAGCCCCGUAUCGAGACUCUGCUCAACAACACCGAGCACCACACCCGCAAGCACGUCAUGUACGCUGGCCGAAACCCCAGUGCCUCUGUCGCCACUGGUCUCAAGAACGUCCACACCAAGGAGGAGAAGGACUUCCUCGAGAUGGCUUUCACUGUCAAGCAGGACAAGCUCAAAGGCGAGUAAGUGGAUGAAUAGUCAACGAAGGAGAUUUACUAGAGGAACGUAACAUGGAUGGAAUGGUAUGGUAAUUGCAGCCACUUAAGAGUUUGGGAGGGAAGACGUUUAAAAGAAGCCACUGGAUUUGGGGAGCAAUUAAGCUUCUCAUGUAAACCACUUUGUAUCAUACCCCUCCUAGACAAAGGACACUUUUGCCUUGCAUUGGCAUGGCUUGGGAACGACAUAGCAUGAUUUUUUUAUUGUUCAAAGUUUUACACUGCUUUUUAUAUCCUUGAACUGUAGACAA